AUGAGUAAACCACAAUCAGACGCUUCACUCGCCAACAUUCACAAUCCACAAAAUAACAACAACUACAAUCGCGGCGGAAAUGACGGUGGUGGCCGGGGUAAUGGCGGCAGAGGAGGCGGUGGCCGCGGUGGUGGUGGUUAUCAUCACGGUGGACGAAACGGAAAUCAUUCGCAACAAUACAGUAAUCAACAGCAGGAACAGUAUCAGGAAAAUUAUGGAGGCGAUAGAGGUAGAGGCAGGGGUCGAGAAUCCGGUGGGAUCGGAAGUGGUCUCGGCCGUGGUCAGCAAAGUCAACGGACUCCGGCUAACCCUAGGCAGAAUGUCGAUCGAGUGCCGGAAGUCAACGCGUGGAGUCGUGUAGCGUCUGGUCAACCGGCUUUGGCCCAAACACAAACCCUAACUCAGAACCGGAAUGGUAUAACUCAUCACUUUACAGUUUGUUUCUAUAUUGGUGUUUGA